AUGGUGUUAAGGCACAAAUAUUCACAUGACGAUAACAAGUAUUUUAAGACCACCGCAAUGCACAGUGAACACCAAAAACCAUUAAAACGGGAAUUACAAGAUCUGAAUGAAGAAGACCUCAAAAUAUUGAAAGAAGAAUAUAACACGUACGCAUUUCUUGUAAUGAAAAAGGACAAAAUCGUCAUUGAAAAGUACUUUGAUGACACGACAGCUAAGAGCACCUUCAACCCAUUUUCAGCUACUAAAACAAUUGUUUCCAUUUUGUUUGGUAUUGCUUUGGACAAACAAUACAUCACAUCAAUCGACGAUAAAGUUGAUAAGUACUUUCCAACAUCAGGACUUGCAAACAGUACUCUUAAAGAUGUUCUGCGAAUGGAAAGUGGAUUAGGGCUUCCAUACCCACAUUGGUUGUUGACAUUUGGUCGAGAUUACUUCGCAAGUAACUUGACUCAAAGGGCUGAAGGACUUAAGCCUCAAUAUGAGAGUGGGAAGUAUUGGGUAUAUAGUAACAUGAAUACACAGACUAUCAGUCAAGUCAUAGAGAGGGCAACACAUCUAAAGUUGUCUCAAUUCGCUCAAGAACAUUUGUGGAAAUACAUAUCCACAGCAGAUGCUGAAUGGUGUAUGGACGAGAGUGAUAACGUUAAAGCGUAUUGUUGUUUCUAUAUGACUUCUGAGGACUUUUUAAGACUUGGAAAAUUGGUUUUGGACAAAGGGAGUUUUAACAACAACCAAAUCAUAUCGACUGAAUACUUAAGCAAGGUCUUCGUUGCAGAUGGAACAGCACAAAUUUUAGUACACAAUAGUUCUAAUAUUAAGAAUGAGUGGUAUGGCCUUCAAGGAUGGAGAAUGAGUAUUGAUAAUCAUGAAGUAAAGUACUUCUCUGGUAUUGGUGGGCAAUUGGUGAUUAUUAUUGAAGACCUCGACUUAGUCAUUUCACGUUUUGGAUUUGACAAAAGUGUUAACUUACGUCGAACAGUUGAGCCUUUAGUCCGAAGAUUAGUGUAUGUAGCUGAACACUACUUAUAG